AUGAAUAUGCAAAAAGAAAAUGGUGAAAGUAAUGUUGAAGAAAACAAAGUAAAGUCGGUAAUAAAAAAACUUCAAAAAUCGGAUUAUUUGAAGGGUUUAAUGAAAUUAAAAAAUCAGGAAUAUAUUUUAGAAAGGGGACUUGUUAAUUUGAUAGACAAUAUGAAACUCGAUGCUGAUGUUAUUAAAAGUUUGUCGAGAGAUGAGAAAGAAUUGUCUGUAAAAAGACAAAAUAUUUUUUCAACUGUACGUAAAACUAUUUCUGAUAUUAGUAACGAUAUGAAAGCAGUUAAACUAAUCAUAUCCGAUCCCGAACAAAUACAGAAAUUAGAUGUCAAUGAAUUUAAAUCAAAACUAAUCGGAAUAUCGAAAAAACUGGACAAUUUUAAAAAUACUUGUCCUCUUCAAACAUUGACCGAAAAAGGAAUUGAAUUGGAUGCCGAUUUAAAAGAAUUUUCAUCGCGUUUACAUAAAUAUAAUUCAGUUAAUACAUCAAACAAAUCAUCAACCAUUGAUUUGUCUUCUAUUAAUAAAAAUAAGAAAACAAAUCACGAGAAUUACGAUGAUUACGAAGAGAUCGAAGAUUUUCAUACGUUGAUCGUUAAAACAGGUUACACUCAACAUUGGAGCGACGAGGAUCAUUCGUUAUUUUUAAAAAUGCGAAAAAAGUGUAAAAAUGUACCAACAUUGGUUAACGCGAUUAGAAAAAAGUGUCCAGAUUUGACGAUAGAAACGAUAAUAAAUCAUGAAACUUGGUACAAAUUAUAUCUCGAAUUACGAGAAAAGCAAAGAUUGAAAAUCAAAGAAUGGCGUAAUAGAAAGGAAUUGAAAAAAGUUGCAAAAUUACAAAAUGAACAAGUAGUUAAUGAUGACAAUUUAAAUAAAAAGGAAUUAAUCCAAAAGUGGAAAUUAGAAAAAGAACAGAAACGAAUGAUGGAAGAARAAGAAUCAAAAUUGCGAUUAGAAUCUAAACGAGCAUUGGAUGAAAAACGUACACGAAAUAGAAUAGAAAAUAUGCGAGAAAGUUUACAAAAUUAUAGAAAUAAAAAAUUUAAUCCGAUUUUGAUGAAAGAAUUUAGGAAACAGGAUGAGGAAUACGUUCGAAAAAGAAGAAUGCAACUAUCGCGUACGAAUAAAAUUCGACAAAACAAAUUUAGAAUAUUACGGAAAUAUCAAUUAAAUAAUACAAACACUUCGACAUUGUGUAAAACUACGAAAGCGUGGCAAGAAAAAUGUAAAAUGGAGGAUUACAAAAUAGAUGAUAAUCAAAAAGUGCUAUACAUCAAAGAUUUACCAAAAUUGUGA